AUGGCACUGACUGUAAGCCUGAUCGGUCCAUCGCCAUGGGGCUUCAGAAUAGUUGGAGGAAGGGACUUCAAAAAGGCCAUAACAGUAUCUAAGGUCAACGGAGGCAGCAAAGCAGAUAAAGCAGCUCUCCAACCAGGUGAUGUCAUCUUGGCCAUCAAUGGGGAAAAUACUGCUGACAUGCUAAAUGCAGAGGCCCAGAACAAAAUCAAGAACUCCAAGAACCAGCUGGAUCUGAUGGUGGAGAGGAUUGAAAUUUCUAGCCCUCGGCAGACAAAUGGCAUCACCACCCCAGAACAACUUACUGGGCGUUUUCAGGAAGCAGUUAUAGGAAGUCGAGAUGAAAACCAGAACUACAGAGAGUACAGCAUAUCCAGCCCUGCAUCUCUGUCACCUGUGCCGUAUUCACCACUACCGCCUGCCAGUCCUGAUGGAAAGACCAACACCAACAAGAGUGUCCAGAUGCGCUCAUGGUCGCCAGAGGAGAAGAGUUACAGGAUGUCACGGCCACUUUCACAGGAGUUCUCUCCUUCAGACUACAGAAAUAGUUCUUUGUCCAGCAGAACCCCGACCCCACCGGGACACUACUCACCUCAUAGCUACAUUGAUCAGGAUGUUCCCAUGUCCCCUCAUCGCAGCUCUGAACCAGUCAUGCAGAAGUUUGACAAGGACUCCGAGGUAUACAAAAUGAUCCAGGAGAACAAGGAGUCUCGCACAGCACCUCGUCAGUCCAACACCUUCAAAAUGCUGCAAGAAGUUCUGGAGGCCGACGAGAAAGAGGCAGCAAUGAAAUUCCCGGGAAAGCUAUCACCCAACGUUCCGAAACCAAGUGCACCAGUGGGAGGAGUCAGCAAAUACCACAUCUGUGAGAAGUGCGGCACUAGCAUCGUCACACAAGCCGUGCGCAUCGUUGACGACAGAUUCCGCCACCCCGAGUGCUACACGUGCAGUGACUGUGGCCUCAACCUCCGAAUGAGGGGUCACUUCUGGGUGGGCGACGUGAUGUACUGUGAGAAACACGCCAAGCAGCGGUACCAAGGUCCGACUGGCUCGCCGCGAUCCAGCCUGUCACCUCGCCACUGA